GCUGAUGCCUCGAUUAUGCCGGUAUGGAGCGUUGAUCAACCAGGAGCCAGAAACCAUGUCUUUCCGUGCUAAUUAUACCGGCAUCCAACCAACAUCUCGAACGUCUUUGCGGAGUGAAACACCUUUGGUCCCUGUGGCUCUACAUGAUAUAUUAAAGUUGCUGCAAUGUCGCACAUAACGUACGUCGAGAUUCAUCGAUAUCUCCCUCAGGGAGUCAAGCGGAUCAUUGCGCAUGGCGGCGGUUGCUGGAUUGGCGAAGUCGACGAAACGACGGUCCUCAAGUAUCCGCACACUCAGGAGGAGAUGAAAUGGGUUCAGAUCGAAGCGAAGAUUCUGAGUGUUCUCGGACGCCAUCCUCGUAUCAUCCAGUCGAAGGGUAUAAGCAAAGAUGGCCUUUUCCUGGAGUUUGCCCCAAAUGGCAAUCUGCACGACUACCUCUCCGCUCACUCAGAGCUAUCUCUCGAGCGACGCCUAUCCUGGUGUAUACAAGCCACCGAAGCCGUAUCCUAUAUCCACUCAAAGCGAGUCCUCCACUGCGACCUCCGCCACGAUAACUUCCUGCUUGAUGCCAAUCUUGACCUCAAGCUCGCCGACUUCCAGGGCCAGCACUUCUCUACGGACGGAGAGAUCCUUCUAGACGGCCUCUCCCUCGAAUCUACCAAGGCAUAUCUACCCCGCAAACCGGCAGAUCACGCAAGCAUAAAGACGGAUCUAUUCGCCCUCGGAAGUGCCAUCUACUUUAUCAUGAUGGGCCAUGAAGUGUUCCCGGAUCUGGACAACUCCAAAGACGAAGACGAAAUCGAGCGUCGAUUCCGCGCCGGGGAGUUUCCCACCGAUCCGCACGUAUGCGCUACUAUCGCCGAGAAAUGCUGGAAACAGCUCUACUCGUCGGCGCGACAAAUUCUGGCCGACCUAGAGGCUGUGCGGUAUGCCAUCGCGCGCGGCGAGACGCUGUAUUCUGUCGCCAAAUACGUCGUCCCUGUUCCGGACAAGGACGUUUUGGCCCCGGCGACAUCGUGGCUAAGUGGCCUCUGCGAUGAGAGGCAGAUGCCGAAGGUACCACCGCCAUAUCGUCAGCUUAUAGGCUUUAGUUAAAACAUUAUAAUACGCUAUCUAAUUCUAAAGAAAUAUUAUAAAGAAGAAGAAGAAGUUUAGAUAUAAGAGAUGAG